AUGGCGAUUAUUGGGAAACUUCUGAUUGCGAUGGGUACACUGCUACUGGUGCAUGCGAGCUACUACUCAGUGCAAUACGAGAUCUAUGCAAAGUCGACCGAGACUUUGGAUGCACCGAUGCCACCUUUUGAGGUGGUUGUUGAGCUCGUGGUGUCCUUCCUCAUCUCUUUGGUGGGCGUACUACUCACGUCUGGAGAGAUGCUGCCUAUCCGAUCCAAUGACGCGCUGCACUCAAGAUCGCUGGCGACUGUUAUUUCCAGUCCAGAUUUCCAUGUCUUUAAUCAUCGUGGGAAGACGCUACACAAGCGUGUUAUUUCAUAA